AUGGCUUUCAAGCGAGAAGAGGCCAACGACGGGGGACAGAUGAACGUCGCGUGGAAGCAAUUCAAGUUACUCAACUACCUGGAGAGGAGUGCGUGUCACCACUUGGGCACGCAGUCUGACAAGGGACGUUAUCCUGAGCAAACGCGCACAGGCACUUUGAAGUUGGUGCUGCCACCAUCCCCAGUCGUUGAUUGUGUUCUGCCCACCAACAGAUUUAAAGCUGCUGGCCGGGAUGACAUUGCGCCUGAUCCAAUCCCUCACCCGCCCGCCAUUGGACUUGGACUCCUCGACCCGGGGUGCUCAGCGGAAGCAGGAACUAAGGGAGCUUGGGGGCGGUUGCUGCAGCUCAUCCUGAUAGAGAACCAAUCUACGGAGUUACCGGGGGAGUCAACCUCCUCUAUUCCCAACCUUGAAGCCAGGCUCACGGCUUGGCCCGCUGAGGAUCCGCCAUUGACAUUGAACGAGCUGUGCCCGUCCUUGAUACCCCCCACCAUUCUCCAAUCACGCGCUGACUUGAUAAUCUCUCGCCCUCCCACCCCCACCCCUUUUCUUCUCUUCUUCGACGAAACCGACCACCAGGACCUGGUGGCCAAAACGAAAGGCCCUGCCAGGCCAGACGGCGGCCGGACAAGCCGUGCACCCACCAUCUUAUUGCCGCGCUUAGCUUCUUCGACUUUGAAGGGGCUUUCAGCGGAGGAGAUACAGCUCCUGCGGCAAGGCCAAGCAGCACUCGGAGGGGGAUCGACCAGCUCGCGUGCCGCCAGCAGAGCGAGCAGUCAAGGUCUACUACUACUAGACAGCUCCUCUCUUGCUGCUCUGGGAAGGUACUUUGAUCGGCUGAUGGCAAAUAUCGAACAAAACAUACAAUAUCUUAGCGAGCAAGCACAGAUGUUCACCCAAGUACAAUAUGACCGCGCUGGAAAUAUCAUUGACGGUGCCGAUGCAGAAAUCGCGAGAUAUCAGCAGAUUUUGGUGCAACUUGACGAGCUAGAGACGGACUUUGACCGAAUAGCCCAUAUCAAGGAAAUUGUGAAGGGAUAUCGGUCCAGGGUGGAGGACCUCGAACGAGACUUGGAAGCAAGCGGAACAUCUAGUCGGCACCACAAGCAUUCAUCCCACAAGCACUCACACUCCCACUCGCAUAAGCAAGGCUCGUCUCACAAGAGUAGGCACUAA